UUCAUUCAGUAACUGGGGUUGUGAAGUGAAAAGAUCGUGUAGGUGUAGGUAAUCAGUUUUUGUUCACACAAAACAACACAACAAGAAAGAAAAAAGCAAAAAUAUUUUUGAUAUUUCAUUUUUAAGUGCUAAAUAUAUUUAAAAUGGUCGAUGAUUUACGGAAAUAUCUCAACCAUUUACUAGAAAGGGUUAAUGGUCUUCAUUGUAUAAUAAUAACAGACCGUGAUGGUGUACCUCUUGUCCGAGCAGUUACUGAAAGGGCUCCGCAGUUAGCUCUUCGGCCGAACUUUAUAUCGACGUUCGGGAUGGCGACUGACCAAGCAAGCAAACUAGGUUUAGGACGGAAUAAAACCAUCAUUUCGAUGUAUUCUAGUUAUCAAGUUAUCCAAAUGAACAAACUGCCUCUAGUCAUCACAUUCAUCGGCAGUGACAAUUGCAAUACUGGUCACAUCUUAUCACUGGAGAACCAAAUUGAGCCGUUCCUUAAAGACCUGGCCACAGUGGUCACUGAAGCAGGCGCUUAAAGUAUGUGAAUUAUCCUCAGUGUACUUUGGAUAACUUGCAUAAUACUAUGUUACAUAUUCAUAAGAAUUAUUCAACUAAGAUACUUGGUCAGUUUAUUGAAAGUUUGCAGACUGAUCUUUAUUUUAAUAAGUAAUUAAAAAUAAAGGUCAGUCCACAAACACAUAUUAAAUAUCUGUUUAAUACCUGUUCUAAGUAAUUAAUCAGUUUAAAAUUGAUCUUUAUUCUUUCAUUUUGUACAUACAUGCAUAUUAAUAUCACAUCUGUUUCCCAUGGUGGUAAACAGAGACUAGGGAUUUCCACUAGUUGCUUGAUUUAAUUUUGUAGUUAUGUUAAAAACAUUAGUGUGAGGUACUCUCAUUUGGCAAAG